CUAGAAAAUAAUAUUUAUUAUUAUUUAUAAAUAUUAAUUUAUCUAUUUGUCUACCUAACACUUGAUGGGAAUAUAUACUGCAGUGUGUGCCAGGAAAAGUUCUAUAAGAAACCAUGUAGAAGAGAAUUUCGACAUCAACCAGAACGUAGAACCAGGAGGGUUCUACAAACCUGUUGUUGGUGAUGGGCUAAAUACUGCCGGUAAUCCUGAGGGAGACCUUCAUCCUCCCUCACCCUUCAAUUCUCCCUCUUCAACAACCUCAUCGAGACGAAGUUCCGCGCAUUCCACCGAGAGCGGUGGUACCUCGAACUUUAACGAGCAGACAUUCUUUCGGAGUCGACAAAAAGACGAUUGGGUGAUUGUCGACCUCAAGACUGUCACUGAUCCUAUGGAGAGCGCGUCAUUGAGUAGUCGCAGGCGCUUGUUUCUCCCAUAGAGCCAGGACACGUCUGGUCUGCGCUACAGGAAGCAAGUCAACUCUCAGUGCAAACCCAGGCGUACGCAACCAGAAGUGGAACUUUUGAUCGCCACAGUUGAGGAUUGGACUAUCGUGGAUUUAUCUCCUAAAAUGUAAAUGAAUGUCGUCAUUGAUUCUUUGAAAUAUUUGUAGCGCAAUUGUUAUGGGUUUUCCUUGCCGUGUAAUUUUAUGACAAGAACCGCGCCAUUUUUAUCUUGAAAUGGCGCAUUUUUUCAAAAAUAGUUUUUUUAGAUAAUAAAUGUUCGACAUGUUU